AACGUAGUGACGUCAUCGGUGAGCGCCUCUGCUGGCCUUCGAAAUGGGCUUGACUCCUGAGCCUUGAUUACUUCAGUUGUCCCCUCCGCAUAUCAACUUUUUAAUAAAGAAACUCCUGUUCGCGAUGACAUUUGAAGGUGGUUUGGUAGAUGAGGUGAACCAGGUGAUUUCAGAACUGGUUCCUGUGCGGGCUGACUGGCUUGCAAGUUUUGGUUCCUGUGCAGUGCAGUAAAGCUACCGGGUUGUUCUGAGGAUAGCAAUGAAACCAGCUCAGGAGCGUAAUCAGGAGUGCCUGCCUCCUAAGAAGAGGGACCUCCCAAUAAGUAACAGCAGCAGUGCAGCUGGAGGGGCAGCGGGAGGUGGGGCUGCACCUGGAGGGGGCAACAGUGGAGGUGGCAGUGCUGCCGGCUGUAUUGCAGAAGAGGACGUGGUUUCCAUCCAGAAUUGUGGAGCCAACAGUGAAACUCAGGGAGGGACCCCAUCUGGAGAGUGGCUGCGAGCUCAACCAGGGCUUCAUUAUGGUGUGGAUAAUUCUGAUAGCAUACCAGCAGUGCCCGUUGACCAGUACAGUAUGCUCUACAAAGUGGCCCUUCCAUCUGUUACCUACUCACCUACCAGUCUUCACCCAGUGUUAAGCCACAUUUCUCCAGCCUAUACUGUACACUCUCCACUCCUGCAGCAUCAUCCGGGCCUUCCCUAUCCCCCUCUUGGUUAUGCACAAAUCCCUCAUUCUUCUCUCCAGUUUGUCAGCUCCCCUUAUGCAGCGGUACCUUACGCGCUACCCCCUGGCUUUGUCCCGGGAUCAUUAAUCUCUCCCUCAGGCACCAUCUCUCAGCCCCAUACUGUGUCCCAUCUGGUUCCCUACCCAUCUGUAAUACAGGAAGGUGUUGUUUCCCCACCUCCUCAAGCCCAGGUAGCUGCUCAUACAUUUGCCAAAGUUGCAGCUUCUAGUGGUGUCCCACUGAUGCUGCCCUCAGAGCAAGCUGCCCAGCAGCACCUUAGUGCUGUUGGAGUCCUGCCUGCACCAGAGCUUAGCUCUCGAGGGAUGCCAGUCUUCUGCCACCCUCAGGGAGCAAGGGCUGGCACUGCCGCCAGAGACUUCCACAGUUCCCAGCAGGAGAAUGAAUUAGAGAUGAAUGGAGGGGACAAAGAGCAGGGAGCCAGAGAGGGUAUACCAGAAUUGGUCUACACUGCCAGAAAUGCACGUCUGCCACAGGUUGCAACCAGCUCAGCAUCACAGGAGCACAGCCAAGACAAAAUCCUGCAAAAUCGAAGACUGGAAGAGAGAAGUUCACCUGGUCAGCGCAGCACUCCGGACAGUGACCUUGAGGUGCAGCAGGUGGUUGGUCGUUUGGUUUCCUCUAGCCAAAGUGGUAUUGGAGCACGGAAAGAGGUCUCCUUUGCUCCCUUGAACCUCUCUCAGGGUGGCCACAGAGCCAGAGAUGUCCAUGGAGAGAGUCCAAGUGUAAUUUCCAGCCGAGCUGCAUACACAGCACAGUCAGCGAGUUACAGUGAUCACAGAGUCACUGCCCUCCAGCAGCAAACAGGACAACCAGGCCAUGCUGUCAUGCUUGCUAAUGGGCAACCAGUUCUUAUUCCCGUGGAGUGUCACCCGCAUCAACCAACACAGCAACACUACCCAGGACAGGCAAAUGAUGCCUCAGCCAGCCAUGCCUCUACCACCAUGGCCUCCCCUAGCCCAAGCUUUAAAGCCUCUGAUUCUUUAGCCAGAGUGUGCCUCCCUGAAAGGGCGGAGCCAAACACUGCUCAGCAGCAGCAGCCUCCAAUCCAGCCUACAGCAGAUGUGACUCAGGCCUUAACUUCAAGCCUUGCUUCCGCCCCGGCUCCCUGCAACCCAUCGCACUUCAUGAAGGGGGCAAUUAUUCAACUGGCUACUGGGGAGCUGAAGCGUGUGGAGGACCUGCAGACUCAGGAUUUUGUGCGUAGUGCUGAGGUUAGUGGAGGGCUUAAGAUUGACUCCAGCUUGGUGAUGGACAUCCGUGCCAGCCAGCAGAGACCAGGUCUUGUGUCACUUCAUUUUACUGUGGGGGAGCAGCAGAGCAAAGUGACCAUCGACGUGCCCCCGGAGCACCCCUUCUUUGUCUUUGGUCAGGGAUGGUCAUCUUGCAGCCCUGAACGCACAGCCCAGCUCUACGGCUUGGCUUGCCAUCAUCUACAAGUUGGAGACAUGUGUGUGUCCAUCACUCUGCAGCAACAGCAACUUCCACCACAACAGCAGAAACAACCGCAGCACCAUCCUUCACAACAGCACCAACAACAGAACCUGUCCAGGACUAUAAGCAAAGCCAAUGCCACAUCGGGACCUGGUCACCAGCUUAUGGGACCUCCAGCCCCUCAGCAGUCACGGCUGCCAUCUCAUUUCAGGUUGGACCGCAUCCACAGAGAAAGACAGAAGGAUGCAGAGAAAGAUUUGGUUGAUAAAGACGAAGCCACACAAAUGGGGGUUGUUGGGCACACCGAGUUGCCCUUUAGACCAAGUAGGACUUCAGGAGAGCAUCCAAGGAGCCAGAGCAGUUACCACUUGCACACAGAGGGCUCUGCUUUUGCAGAGGCAGGGAUGGGAGCAAUGCAAGCUGCACUAGGUGGGUCUCAGAGGCGCUGGUCCUCGCCUGGGCUCCGAAGAUACAGUAUGAAGGGAGACGAAGGCCCACGCCCUCAGAUAAUCAGCUCCAGCCACACAAGGCCUUCUUUCAUCCCACAGGAGGUCAAACUGUCCAUUGAGGGGCGCUCUAAUGCAGGGAAGUAGCAUCACAUUUGGUAGCAACUAUAAUGAGACUGCCACAAGUAAGAAUGAAUCUGACAAGGAGAGAAAGAGGAAAAAAAGAGUGUGAAUGUAUCUUCAGAAUGUUUGAGAUUUUGCACACCUAAAAUAUACAAAAACGACCAGAUCGUUUUCCUAUCUGGUGAGAAGUUCUGAGGUGGUUUGGAUGUCACUCAGCCAAAGGAUACAGGCGUUUCAGUCUCCAGCCAGGUGAGGUUUUAUGGGGACAUGAAAAGCUGAGUGGAAAGCAUGUAGCUGAAGAAAUGCCUACCAUAGAGUCCUUACACACUGCAUUUCUCUUCCUCCCUCCCUCCUUUGUCGCCACUUCCUCUUAACCAUACUUGGAGGUUAUCAUUGCAUUCAAAACACACUAGCUUCCUUUUUGACCAGACUGUCUCAUCAGAAGACCAUGGACAAAAAAAAAAGUGUGUAUCACAGUGAAGCUACCAACUCUGCAGGUCGUGAUCUAUUACAAAGAUCGCAGCCAGGGAUUGUUGAUCUGCUCCACUCCCAAGAUCCUAUUUCUAUGAAAAUCAUUUAGCCCUCAAAAAAACAAAAAAAAAAAAAAAAAAGAGUAGAGUUGCUGACAUCAGCAGCUCCUGUGGUGAUGUUGGCACUGUUGACGCUGUCAGUGUGUUACAUUAUGCUUCUCCUGCAGGAGUCUGAAACCUCUGCUGUCAGCAGAGAUACUCUCUCCCCUAUCUCCUAUCUGCAAAGAUCCUGUCUCAGGCCAAGUGCGGUAUGUCCCACUUGUCGUACACAUACAUAGUGAAAAAUCAAUCAGCUUGUUUGUUCAGCAAUCAAUUUCUUCUCCUCAAAAAAUGAUGCACCAUCAUACCUUUAGAUUUGGGUUCAUGCCCCUGAUGUAGAUUUACAAAAAUUCUAAGAGAUGUCACACAUUCCACUAUUCACUUUUCCCACUAUUCACUUUUCUCAUUAUUACGUUUUACUCUGUUCUCACUUCACUUCCUCGUCACCCAAACCAGUCGAGAGAGAUGGCCACACCCCUUAGCGGGGUUCUGUCAGAGGUUACUUCUCACUACUGUCACCAAGUCCACGCUCACAGGAAUUUGUUAGGUUUCUCUCUAAAAUAUUGUAUGACCUCCAUAUUAGUUAAAUGAUUUAAUUUCCCUUCCAAACUGAUGGCCUCCCAUCCUCAGUUUACUUCAGAGCUUUCCCGACCAGCUAUUUUAAACUUUGUAAUUAAGGAGGAGGCGCUGACUGGUCAUCACCAAAGCCACCUGUGGGAAUGAGUCAGCAAGAUGUUUCUCUUUUACAUCGCUAGCUGCACUGCCACCUAGAGCCCAGAGUGGGAGGGUGUAGUACUUUUUUUCUGUGUAUGAGUGGGGGCGUGAUGUUCUAAACUCGACUUGCUCAGUAACAAGAUUAAAGCAAUAGUUCUUUUUACAUUGUGUGGCUAUACUGAUGUGUAUUGCCCUCUCCCAGGAAUCCCUUGUGGGCUGUCAUAUAUAUCUAUACAUGUGCAGUGUGAGAACUCACCCUCCCAUCCCUUGACUUUUAAAGGUGCACUUUUUUUUUAGUGCUCAUUUUCUUUAAUUCAGUAAUCCUAGACAAACAAAGCCUUUGGCAGAUGUCUCAAGAAGUCUUUGUCAGUGAACCUUCUGGAUUCCUCAUCUCACUGAUGAUACUUUAUAUGGAUUUACUGAAGUGCAUCUCCAAGAGACGUCUGUCUCGAAUUAAGUCGUGAUCAUCAUCAACUUGUUUUCUUUUUGACCUUUUAAAGUGUGUUUUUCUUUCAUACUAGGGUAUCCUUUAACCAGUGGAUCUUAAGAUUGUCUUGUGUUGCACAUAGCAGAUGUCACACAUUUAUUUCAUACUGACCUUGAAAUAGGAAUAACAGUACAGUAGUUUAUUUUUUAUAAUGAAGGGAAUACGUUUGAAGUAUUGUUGGCGUUUUGUGGCGAGAGGAAAAAAAAAAACUGACUUGCGUUUCUAAAUCUGUUUACAAAUUAGCCGAGAUAAAUGCUGCAGGUUCUUCCUUUGGCUUUCUUACAGGAAAAAAAAAUCCAGAAGGAUGUAAUUGAAAAUAAGUGCAAUUAGACCAUACAUAAAAUCGUAAUCAGACAACAUUCCUCAUGCAAACAUUCCCAUCAAAAAGGUUUUUUUUUUUUUUUUUCUUUUAAAUUUGAUGUGCUCACACAGGAGCAUCAGUCGUAUGGUUGUUAUUGCUGUGUCUGGCUGAAGUGUUGGCGCUGUUGGUGAACUGGUUUGUUUGUGAGGUCCAGGCACUGUUGUGUGUUUCCCUUAGCUCCUUGUGGUUCACUGAACUUCAUGGGCUCAUGAGACUGGGCCUGGCUCUGCCAUUAUGAGCAGUUUUAAAGGAUGGGUUUCCCUUAAAAACAGUUCUCUUAUGGAUUUACAGAACUUAUUCCUCCUGUCCAUACUUGCCUGUACACACCUACAGCUGUCUUUCAGGGAAUUAUUGUGUAAUAGUAAUAUUGGGUUCCAGGAGUCAUAUCUCAAAGUUUCACAUUAAAAUAACCCUUUGAAGAGAUGGUUUCACUGAAACAAUUGUGCCAUAUCUGUUUAAAAAAAUGCGAGAAAGUGAUUAUUCAAGUCACUCAAAUUCAUCUUUAAUUUAGUUUGUCGUGUGUGGUUUAUUUCAGAAAAAAGUAUUAAUGAUUGUAAGGAUGUGGAAAGACUCUGUAACCGUAACCUUACAAGAAGACAAUUAGACAAAUUUUUGAUAUUAUCACGUGUGAAUUAAUAACAUGUCAGUAUUUCUUUUUUUUUAAGCAUCGUGGUUAUCAUCACCACCCACAUAUGACACACCUUCAAGAUACACAUUGUGAUUUGCAGACUCACUCCUGAAGCCUCAUAUUAACUUCACCUGAUUUUUGUCUCACUCCUGUCGCUCCCUGCGGACGCUGUAGCCAUCUGUUGUGAAGAGAGCCGAGUGUAAAAGCAAAGCUGUCGAUUUACCAGUCAGUCUAUUUUCCUGUCCCUCACAUAAGGCCUCGAGCUGUGGAUGGUGACUGAAAGAGUGAGAUUGCAGAUACAUGCAGUGGAAAUGAGCUUCUUCCGAAGGGUGCUGGAGCUCAGUCAUUUAGGAGGGCCACAGAGUAGAGCCGCUACUCCUCAACGCUGGAAAGAGCCAGUUCAGGAUGUCUCCUGGGCACAUCCUGGUUAAGGUGUUCCGGGUGUGUUCUACUGGGAGGAGGCUGCAACAAGAUUACAUCUCUCGGCUUGCUUGGGAAUACCUCAGUAUCCCUCCGGAAGAACUGGCCAGGGAGAGCGAGGUCUGGAUGUCUCUAUUUACACCGCUGUCCCCACAAUCCAAAUAAGUGUCAGAAGAUGGCUGAAUAGA